UACAAAGUAAACAUAACCUAAUUCAAACAGUUAACAUCUUAUGUUUUAUAUUUACAAAAAAAAAAUUGUUUCUUGAAUAAAUUAUAUUCUUUUUGUAAAUAAAAUACAAUGCCGAUAAAAUAUAUUGGUAGAACAACUAAUUUCAAAGGUAAAACUUUGUGGGAAAUAUUAGGAAAUUUAAAGAAUUUUGGAGUUGGUAGAUAUGUGGUUAGAAAUACAUUUGCUCAACGUUAUACUGAACCUACAUAUCAUAAAAUUUUAAAAGUUGAAGCAUUACCUGCUGAAAAAAUUGAUAAUCCACACGAGAAUCUACGUAAAGUCAUUGCUCUAACAGAAAAAAUCUUUCGUGGAAAAACAGCGACAGGUCUCGUGCAAUUAGACAGUACAUCUUAUAAAACUGAUUAUUUAUUAAUUCCUAAAGAAGAAGAAGAACAUCUUUUACGUGCAUAUACACCGCCUCCUACAAAAAUUGUCCCAAGAACAAUGGAUUAUCCACCUCUUAUGAGAGAAAUUUUAAUACGUCAAAUGAAAGCACAAGGACAACCAGUCACAGAACCAAAAUUAACUGUUAAAUAUAAUUUCACAAAUAAAUUCAAUUUAAUAAGACUCGCUGAAGAAGGUGAAAAACCAGAUUAUGAAUUAAAAAUAGGACUUGAACGAGAAAAAUAUUCUGAAUUGUUUAAAUAUAUUAAAGAAUAAUUUAUAUUAUUUUCAGUUAUUUGUAUAUGAUAAAAAAUUAGGAUAAUACAUUGUACAUUGUUUUUAAAA